GCCCCGGCCGCGAUCUCCCUGUAUCAUGCAUGUUGGAGCAGAAGCACAUAUUUUUGCUAGCCGGAUACUGUAUUAUUUCACAUCUUCAAGUGUUAUUUAUUGCAUAUAUUGGAGCACCAGCUAACUUGGAGACCAUCAAUAUAUCCGGGUGUGUGAUCACUGCAUCGCGGAUAUAUAUACAUAUAGCUCCAUAGCCGUGCAGUCGAAUGGACCGGGAGCUGUGGCCUUCUGGGCUAAGGGUCCUGGUUAUUGAUAACAAUUCUUCAUAUUUGUCAGUUAUGGAAGAACUACUUAUCAAGUGCAGCUACAAAGUUACGUCAUAUAAGGACGUCAGGGAAGCAAUGUCCUUCAUCUAUGGAAACAUACAGAUUGUUGAUCUCAUAAUUAGCGAUGUGUGCUUUCCAACUGAAGACAGUUUACUUAUUCUGCAAGAAGUUACCACAAAGUUUGACAUCCCCACCGUGAUAAUGUCUUCCAACGGUGAUGCGAGCAUAGUUAUGAAGUACAUCACCAGUGGGGCUUCCGAUUUCCUGAUAAAGCCUGUGAGAAUUGAAGUGCUGAAGAACAUAUGGCAGCAUGUGUUCCGGAAGCAGCUGAUCGGGGAGAACAGAAGCUGCAGCAACAGUGCUCAACACCUCGAUCAGGUUUCAUAUCCACCAACCAUAGCUCCUGCUUCUACAUGUGCCACAAGAACCACAGGAAUAAUCACUGAAGCAGCCACGGCGACACUGGAGAGCGCGACAAGAGAGACGACUAACGGGACGGUCACAGAUAUACAGGAUCUGAGGAAGUCAAGGCUCAGCUGGACCACACAGCUGCACCGCCAAUUCAUUGCUGCUGUGAAUUCCCUGGGGGAAAAGGCAGUUCCAAAGAAGAUACUGGAGACAAUGAAGGUUAAACAUUUGACAAGAGAACAAGUUGCAAGCCACUUGCAGAAAUACAGGCUUCACCUAAGGAAAUUGAAUCAAACAUUGCACAAGGAUGACACACCUUCACCAUCAAGCCAUCCCAAUGAAUCAAACAUUCUCCGAACCGAAUUCAAUAGUUCUUUGAAUUCAACGUAUUUUGAUCAAGAUGGAUGCUUGGAGAUCACAGAGUACUCUUUGCCCAAGGAUGACAUCUCAAGUGGUUCAGACUGUAUGCUGGGAGAACGAAACAACUACUCACCUCAAGGCUUCCAGGAUUUCAGAUGGGAUUCAGAGAAACAGGGAUCUGAAACGACAUAUUUAUGGAAUUUCGAGGCAGAGUGAUUCUAUCACUAUAAACAUGCAUCAUACCACCAAACAUAACUAGGUAAUGAUGUGCACUUAUAUGCCAUGUCCUGAAUAAUGACAGCUUAUAUAUGUCUAGAGUAUUA